UACAAAAUAUGCAGCGCCGUGGUUGUCAUUCACUCUGGCGUGCCUGAAGAGUCUUAUAAGAAUCAUGUUGACCCCACCGAAGGAGGGGAUGCCCAGUAUGAUAGACAGGGCGCUGAGGAUGAGGAGGGAGGAGCAGGCUCGUCAGGUGGUCCUGGCCUGGGCUGUUCUCAACGUCUCUCUAGCUGGCAUGAUUUACACUGAGAUGUCAGGGAAUUUGCUGAGCCGAUACUACAACAUCACCUACUGGCCUAUCUGGUACAUCGAACUGGUGCUAGCUUCUCUAUUUAGCCUCAAUGCUCUUUUUGACUUCUGGAAAUAUUUCAAAUACACUAUGGCUCCCUCCACCAUUGCUGUGUCACCAGAGCAGCAUCUCCUCCUCGGUCUGAGAAACACAAGUAUUCAGGCUUCUCCGCCCCAAAAGCCAGAAAAAAAGGAGACCCCAGCUCCAGCCCAGUUGUCUCCACUGCAGGGUCAAAGUGUGCUGAGUUUCAGCCCAUCACGGCCAGCCACCACCAGCCCCAAGUUCUCCCCCAGCUGUGUACCCGGGUACAGCCCUCCUCUCAGCAACCCAUCCACCCCAAACAGUGCGGGUGGGCACUUUUCACCUUCAGUGGCCUUUGGAAAGGUGCUGAACUACAGUGCCUCCCCUGGCUCCUCUCCCUACCCCAGCAGCAUUGGACCAGCAGAAGGCUCCAGCUUGAGAGCGCGAUAUCGCACGUCCCCCUCAGUGUUUAACUCCCCUGGAAGCAAGGAGGACUACAUGGAGGAUCUGAAAAGCCUGGAGAGGUUCCUCCACACAGAGGAGGAGAAGAGUCACCGCAGCCAGUUAGGGAGUCCAGAGGCUGUGUCUCCAAACCACAGCCCAACAUUUUGGAACUACAACCGCUCAGUGGGAGAUUACACCCAGAGCUUGAGGAAGUUCCUGUAUCAGCCAGCCUGCCGCUCUCAGGCCCCGUCUGCCCACAAGGAUGAGACAGACCUGGGCUCCAAACAGGCUGCAGAGGAGGUAUGGGCCAGAAUCACAACCAGCCGUCCUGUAGUGGACCGCAUUGAUAGCUGGACGGCCAAGCUUAGAAAUUGGAUCAGUGACACCAUCUUGGUCCCGCUGGUGAAGGAAAUAGACUCUGUCAACAGCCAGCUCAGGAGGAUGGGCUGCCCUGAGCUCCAGAUCGGAGAGGCCAGCAUAAGCAGUCUGAAACAGGCAGCGGUGAUGAAAGCCUCAUCUAUCCCCACUAUGAACUCCAUUGUUCAGUAUCUGGACAUCACUCCCAACCAGGAAUAUCUGGUAGACCGCAUAAAGGAGCUGGCCCACAGCGGCUGCAUGAGCUCCUUUCGCUGGAAUAGUGGUGGUGAUCUGAAGAACAGGAAGUGGGACACGGACCUCCCCACUGACUGUGCUGUCCUCAUGCAUGUGUUUUGUACAUACUUGGACUCCAGACUGCCCCCACACCCAAAGUACCCCGACGGGAAGACUUUCACUUCUCAGCACUUCAGCCACACCCCAGACAAACCUGAUGUUACCAAGGAGAGCCUUUUCUGUGUCCACCAAAGCAGCACCACUCCCCCUCACUACCAACUCAUCUACCAGGGACAUAUCUACAGUCUACCCAAGGGCAGGAACAACCUGUUCCACACAAUCCUCAUGUUCCUCUAUGUCAUUAAGACCAAGGAGUCAGGGAUGCUGGGGAGAGUAAAUCUUGGCCUCUCUGGAGUGAACAUCUUGUGGAUAUUUGAAGACUGAUGUAUCGUCUUUAAUAACCAACAAGAAGCUACAAGUGGAUUUUUUUUUCCUCCCACAAUACUGUGUGGCUACACUGGUAGGCAUACCACCUCAGCUUAAAGACUGCUCUUUCAGGGGCACAGCGGAAAAUCAGCACUUCACUUCGACAGACAACAAAUGAAUAUUUUUGGACAGUUUUGACAUACAAAUUGGCAACACCCUGUUAGAAAUCGUCAUUUAAGUAUGUGACACCACAGUGUGCUUAUGAUACAAUGCAGAGUUGUAUUUUUUAACAUUGUUGCGUUUUCUGAUUUUGUAUUUUUAGAAUGUACCAGCAUGGCAGCCUUGUAAAUAAUAUACCUCAGAUUUGUCUGGUGGAUGGUUAAGUGCUCAGACCCAUUUUGCUUGAAUGCAAAUAUAGUAUGUGUGGACUUGACUUUUGUUUCCUUUUCUGGUAUGCUGUUUUUUCGUUGUUCCUGUAGUUAAAUGAAUGUCUGCUGCAGUAGGGAUGCUCCUGACAUGCUUGAAGUCAACCACAGAAGUUGGACAUAUGAAAACGGAAGCAAUAUACAAUUCAGACCUGAAGUAUUCUGCAGUUACAAAGCUUCCCAGCAGGCUGCAAUGCAAAACAUAACUAUGUAAACUGUAAAUUCUUUUGAUAUGUGAUGGAGAACAAACUGUUUAUUCUGAAGGUAGUGUCUUUUUACAAAUAUGACCUAAAUGCCAAUUAGCCUGAUUGCUUGCGCCAGCCUUUAGUUACAUUUCAGACUUUCUACGUUUGCUUGUUUUUGAGUAAUGCCAUUUUACAAAUGACUCAUGAGAGUGGAAAAUAAAAUUGAGAUAUGAA